AUGGCCAAUAACAACAACAGCUGUGUAAGUACGUUGUCGGAGUUGAAGAGUUUGAUACUGAAUAACCUCGGUGAUAUAGAAGCGAGGGAGGUCAGAAAGGUGGGGUAUAGGUUGCUAGCACCCAUGGGUAAUGGAGUUUUCCGGUUUCGACUCUUUCACCUUCUAGGGAACGAGCAUGUUCGACUCAUGUUUGACAUCCCUAGGAGGAUCAUGGCAGAACAGGUGAUGGAGCUUUCCGCCGAGGUUGGAGAUAUUGGUCGUGUUGAUAAGGCGGAUGCGGGCGACAAGGAGUCAGACGAAGAAUACGCGGCGGAUAGUGCCGAUAGUGAUUCUUUCGAAGAGGGCGAUGAUGAGGAGUUUGUACCCAAGAUGCCCACCCCGAAUGUGGCGCGUCAUGUCUUGCCUCCACCUUACCCAAUUCCGGCGCUAUCGACAAUGCCAAAUCGUUAUCAUAGUCUGGAUCUGGACACCAUGCAUGAGAGGACUCUGUUUUCUGACACGGGAGAAGAGGAUUACAAUCUGGAUGGUGGGGGUAGAGUUUCGGGUCGACCACAUAUUCAAAUGCCGAGACGCAGGGCUCUAGGGUAUGAAGAAUUACAGUAUUUGCAGGAGUACAGAUGCCGGCAAGCUACAAAUGGGUGUCCAUGGAGCCUCCAUAUGGCCCUUAGGCAGAACCUCGGAUAUUGGGAGGUUCGGAGGAUUGGUGGUGCGCACAGUUCUUUAGCACCCACCAUGUCUCAAGACCAUCGUCAGUUAGACAGCAGUCUCAUAUGCAGGGUCAUAUUACCGUUGAUACAGUCCAAUCCUUCCGUGAGCAUUCCGGUUUUGCAAGGUGCGGUCCGGGCAAGCUAUCACUUCAAACCUUCCUACAGAAAAGUGUGGAUGGCGAAGCAGAAGGCAAUUGUACAGAUCUACGGAGAUUGGGAGGAGUCAUUCAACAAGGUGCCAAAGCUGCUUCAAGCAAUGCAGAGCUAUUUUUCUGGAACCAUUUGUGACCUACGGGGCGGAUCGUACUAUGAUAGACACCUUCUGGUCCGCAACUGUAGCAUAUUCGACAAAGUAUUUUGGACUUUUCCGUCAUGUGUCGAGGCAUUCAAGCAUUGCAAGCCAUUUGUUUACGUCGACGACACACAUCUGUAUGGGAGAUACGGUGGAGUGUUGCUUAUUGCGAUAUCACAAGACGGCAAUAGCAACAUCCUGCCUAUUGCUUUUACCAUUGUCGAAUCCGAGAGCACGGAGUCAUGGUCGUUCUUCCUUACUAAUCUCAGACGUCAUGUAACCCCACAUGAUGGGCUGCUAGUUUAUUGA